AUGGGGUUCAUUGCUACCUCGCCUGUGAGUGGGCGAUACUGUGGGAACGUGCGUCGGUUGGGAGCAUGGCUGCUUGCAUGUGGUGGUGGUGGUGGUGGUAUUGCUGCUGCUGCUGCUGCUGCUGCUGCUAUCGAUGCAACCGCCCCGAUCCUUGCCGGUCAGGUUUGGCUCCUCCGCACGAACAUGCUCCGUUCCUGGACACGCCAGGCAUUGUCGGCCGAGAAAUUCACCUUCUGCUAG